AUGCCGUCGUCCAUCAAAAGCAUCGGCGUCGUCGGAGCCGGCAACAUGGGAUCAAUGAUGACCCUUCGUUUCGCCGAGCUCGGCCUUGCCGUAUCGGUUUGGGAUAUUGAAAAGAAGAAUGUCGACGAAGUCGUGAAUUAUGCCACCGACGACAAGGAUAUCAAAGGCCGAGUCCAAGGUUUCUACGACAUUAACAAAUUUGCCAAAAGUUUGGAAGGCAAGUCGGAUCGGAAACUGUUCAUGUUCUCCAUCACGCACGGUGAGCCCGCGGAUGAAGUUCUACGCUUGCUCAAGCCCGACUUGAAGAAGGGCGACAUCAUCCUCGACGGCGGAAACGAGAACUAUCGGAAUACGGAGCGCCGCCAGCAAGAAUGCGCCAAGAUUGGUGUCAGCUGGAUCGGAAUGGGUGUUUCAGGCGGUUAUCAGUCUGCACGAAGGGGUCCUAGCCUCUCACCUGGUGGAGAUACCAAAGCGCUGCAGCUGGUCAUGCCAUUCUUGGAGUCUUAUGCUGCCAAAGAUCCGAAGACCGGGACUCCAUGUGUGAAGCGCAUGGGCCCUGGUGGCUCGGGUCAUUACAUCAAGAUGGUCCACAAUGGUAUCGAAGGUGGUAUGCUGUCAGUACUUGCUGAAGCCUGGCAAUACAUGCACGACGGACUCGGCAUGGCACAUAGCCAGAUUGGUGAUGUCUUUGCAAAGUGGAAUGAGUCUGGCGAAUUGCGCAGCAACUUCCUCAUUCGUAUUGGUGAGAAGAUCCUGCAUAUGCGCAGAACACCCCAGGGUGAUCGCAAGGGCGAGGGAGCCAGUCGGGAUGAUGGAUACGUGCUGGACGAUGUGCUCGAUAAGGUUGUCCAGGACGACGACAAUACCGAGGGCACUCCAUUCUGGUGUCUCAUGGAGUCUGCUUAUCGUCAUGUAUCUUGUCCCACAUUAGCGGCAGCGCAUUAUAUGCGAGUUUCAAGCGGAAACCGGAAAGAGCGAGUACGUGCAGCCAAGAAGCUUGAGAUGCCCAUGCCAAAGCCAAUUGAGGGUACUCGGGACCACAAGGAGAUUGUUGAAACCUUGCAUCAAGCCGUUUACUGCUCAUUCCUCGCAUCUUUCUGUCAAGGUUUGGAGCUGAUAUCCCGCGCUUCGAUAGACGAAGGCUGGAAUGUCAACUUAGGUGAUUGCUUGCAGAUCUGGCGUGCUGGGUGUAUCAUCCAAUCUGAUCAUAUCGCUGAUCUUUUGCAACCACCGCUUGCAGCGAAUAACGAGCUUACAAAUGCCAAAUUUGUGGACUCGGUUGCACACGAACUGCGUCAGAGUUUCCGCGGUCUGAAGGAAAUCGUCAUGGAGGGUACUAUGUUUGAUCAGUACAUUCCUGCGCUUUCGGCUACUUUGGAGUAUCUCAAAUAUGAGGGAGGACUGGGGUUGCCGACCAAAUUUAUGGAGGCGCAGAUGGAUUACUUUGGUGCUCACAAUUAUAACAAGCCUGGUAUUCCGGGUGAGGAUCCAGGACCAGUUCAUAAGGGCCCUCAUCAUUAUGAGUGGUUGCCGGCUUAG